UUCGUAGGCAACGUUGCAAAGCGGAAGUAGAUAAAUCCAACAUGGACGACAAGUUGCUGCAACAACUCCAAUCGGACGAUGUUUUUAGUCAGUUCCUGGAUGCAACAUUUGAUGUGAAGGGAUAUGCCAACAAAGCUAUCCAGGGACAGGCGAUUGCAGAACAGCUAUCUAAAUUAGCUGAAGGAAUAUCACUACUCGAUAGGGAAAUUCAUUCACAGAUCGUUGCUCGCCAUGAUGACUUGCUUUCACAGGCAACAGGAGUGGAAACACUGGAAGGAGUGUUACAGAUGAUGCAGACACGGAUACAAUCCCUGCUGGCUGCCAUGGACAGGGUCAGAACAAAGGUUUCAGAACCAUUCAACAAGAUAUCAGCAAGAACAACGCAACUGAGAAAUUUACAAGAAACCUGUGACUUACUAAGGAGGAUAAUCCGUAUCAUGUACCUCAGUAAACGUCUACACAGCCAGCUACAGGGAGGGGCAAGGGAGAUAACCAAGGCAGCACAGAGUCUUAAUGAACUGGAUUACAUAUGUGAGGGAGUUGAUUUUGCUGGCGUAGAAAUUAUAGAACAGGACCGAAGAUUUAUCAGAGGAGCGAGGAACGAUGUUGAAACACAGGCUCAGAAAAUGUUAGACCAGGGACUGGAGACUCAGAACCCAACACAGGUGGCGACCGCACUUCAAGUGUUCCACAACCUGCGGUGCCUGCACCACACAGUGGACAGGGUGGUGACAAGCUGUAAAGAGGGGCUUCACAAAAACAUCCGCAGCUGUCUCGAUAUGCAGGCCCUCAGUCAGCAGCAGUCCUCAGCCAUCGGCUCCAGAGGAGGGGGGCCGGGCAAGGCUGCUAUGCCUGUUACAGGGAACACGGCAGCAUUCCGGGCACUGCUGUGGACCAACAUGGAGAAGCUAAUGGACAGUAUCUACGCCUCCUGUGCUCAGGUUCAACACCUACAGAAAGUGCUGGUGAAGAAGAGAGACCCUGUAACUCAUGUGUGCUUCAUAGAAGAACUGGCAAAGCAUUGUGAUGGAAAGGUAAACAUCAUGCAGGACUUCUGGGACAGUAUCACAAGGAUGUUGACAGCAGAGUUUACCGAGUCAUCAGAAGGGUCUACGUUUCUGAAGCAGGCAUUUGAGGGAGAGUACCCUAAGCUGCUGCGAUUGUACAACGACCUGUGGCGCCGCCUACAGCAGUUUAGUCUCAACACUGCCUCCCACAUGGCUGACCAUCUGACCACUGAUGAGGGUGUAGAGGAAGACCUCUUCCUGCAGGCCAAAAGGAGGGACAAAUACGAUCCUGAGGCCGCUCUGAGACUGACUCUGGCCAAGUUUGAGAUGGCCUACCUGUCCAAGUCUCUGUCACGACUGUUUGAUCCCAUCAACCUGGUCUUCAGUAGUAGCAGUUCUAUGAAUCCACCAACAGCCUCGGAGGUGGAGAGUGUGGUAAAAACCAUUAUAAGUGAGCUAAAUGUAGCCAGCGUAGACAACAAACUGUGUGUGACGGUAUCAAAGAAUGUGGCCAAGACCAUCGAGCUCUUCUGUAACAAGAGCGAACAGCUGCUCGCUACCGACGGGGAGGCUAGCCAGGUGAUCGGCCUUCCUACCCAGGGGCAGAAUCGUAACUGUGCUGUAGUCAACACGCUGUACUUGUUACACCAGUCCAUCUCAAAGGUGUUAGCCAGCCUCAUGAACUAUCCCACAGAGGCAGUAGAAAGCAUAAAGAAAGCUUUGGAGGUGACGGUGGCGCUGAUGAGUGCAGCAGUUAACCCUCUCUUGUCCUCUAUAUCUGACGCCGUGGAGGCUAUCAUACUCACCAUGCACCAGGAGGAUUUUUCAGGGUCGAUGCCUGCGGACACUCAGAAGGAGGCCCAGUGCUCUCUGUACAUGCGUGAGUUGCAGGACUUUGUAACCAGGUGUCAGAAGGACUACCUAUCUCAGUAUGAUUGUCUGGAGUUUAUCAUGGAAAGCAUCAAACCUAUAGCCAGUCGAUGUGUAAUGCUGUUUGUGAGACACGCAAGUUUGGUGCGCCCCCUGGGGGAGGGCGGAAAGAUGCGACUUGCUGCAGACUUUGCCCAGAUGGAAUUGGCUAUCUCUCCAUUUUGUAAAAGGGUGUCCGAUAUCGGCAAAGAUUACAGGCUUUUAAGGGCAUUUAGGCCGCUCCUCUUCCAGACACCAGAACACAUAUGUAAGGGUCCAACAUUGGGCGACAUCAUCCCCUACAGCACAUGUUUACACUUCCUGUUUGCCAGAGGGGCUCCCCCUGAACUCCGGUCUCCACAUAUUGCAGCUGAUUGGUCUGUCAGUCGCUACUCGCAGUGGUUAGAUAGCCAUCCAUCUGAGAAAGACCGACUCACACUCAUCAAGGGAAGCUUAGAGGGCUAUGUCCAACAUGUGAAGUCACGCCAAGGGAAGGAAUUCACCCCAAUAUACCCCAUGAUGUUAGAACUGUUACAGAAAGGUCUACAGAGUGCCACAUAGUGCUGUGUUACAUGAUGGACUGUUGUGUGUGUGAUGUAUGACUGAAUAUAGAAAAAUAUCUAUCUGGUACAGAGUAGGAGUUUAAAGUGUACCUGUUGGUGUGACGGACCCUUGUGUGUGAUGAAUGACUGAAUAUAGAAAAAUAUCUAUCCAGUACAGAGUAGGAGGUUAAACUGUACCUGUUGGUGUGACGGACCCUUGUGUGUGAUGAAUGACUGAAUAUAGAAAAAUAUCUAUCCAGUACAGAGUAGGAGGUUAAACUGUACCUGUUGGUGUGACGGACCCUUGUGUGUGAUGAAUGACUGAAUAUAGAAAAAUAUCUAUCCAGUACAGAGUAGGAGGUUAAACUGUACCUGUUGGUGUGACGGACCCUUGUGUGUGAUGAAUGACUGAAUAUAGAAAAAUAUCUAUCUGGUACAGAGUAGGAGGUUAAAGUGUUCCUGUUGGUGUGACGGACCAUUGCGUGUGAUGUAUGACUGAAUAUAGACAAAUAUCUAUCUGGUACAGAGUAGGAGGUUAAAGUGUUCCUGUUGGUGUGACGGACCAUUGCGUGUGAUGUAUGACUGAAUAUAGACAAAUAUCUAUCUGGUACAGAGUAGGAGGUUAAAGUGUACCUGUUGGUGUGACAGACCACUGUGUGUGAUGUAUGACUGAAUUUAGAAAAAUAUCUAUCUGGUACAGAGUAGGAGGUUAAAGUGUACCUGUUGGUGUGACGGACCACUGUGUGUGAUGUAUGAAUGUGUGACUAGAUACAGGAAAUAUCUACUUGGUACCGAGUAGGAUGUAGAAAAGCAACUGUGUUUUGAUUGGCCGUUAUAUGUCAGGUAUGAAUGUAUGACCAAGAUGGCCACAGAAAAAUGUGUAUCUGGUACAGAUUAAGAUGGGAACAGUAACUGUGUUACUCAAUGUAUUGUUCUGUAAUAUGUACUAGUAUGUAGUGAUGUGACUGGAUACAAAAAGAUAUAUCUAGUACAAAGUACCAUAUUACGUAGGACUAAUGUAUGCACGAAGCUGGAGAAGAUUGGGUAAAUACAGAGUACAUUCUAGCACAGUGUCAAGUCUACAUAUUAUGUAUGAUUGUAAUGUAUGCAUGACGCUUGAGAGGAUUGGAUAAAUUACAAAUUAUGUAAAAGUGCAAAAACUGGGUCACCUGUGAUUAUUUAUGAUUUCCCGCAUUCCAUAUGGUUUGACCAAAUAGACCAGAGUCGUUCGUUUAUGAAAUAGGGAUGCACAAGUUAAGGAGGCCCCAACUGAGUAAGUUCUGCUAAUGUAUGAUGUACUCAACAUUAGAAGCAGCAGAGUGGACACUUGACAAAAGAAGCAAGUGUGGUUUGAAUACAUGUUUACCUUCGGUUACUUGUAGUUCAUCCUCAAUACUCCAGGAGUUACACUCACUUUCGCUUCCUGCACCCCUGGAAUAUGUCAUAGGCAUAUUGAAAGCACGCAGCUAGCUUUUUGAUUGGUCUCCGGUAAAAACCACCUGACCAAUUGCUAGGCUGAUACCUGUCCUUUGAAGAUUACAGAGGAGCGACACCUGACUUAAAAGUCUUGUCAAUUUUACGUUGCGCAACUGGGAGAAUCUUUUGAUGUAUAUCAAAGGAUCAAACUAGUCUUUUUGUCUCAUCCACAGGUGGCGCCCAUUGAGCCUUCGAUUUUCUUAUGACAUAUUCCAGGGGUGUAGAGAACGAAAGUGAGCGAAACCUCUGGAGUAUCGAGAAUGAGUGUAGUUGUACAUUGUAUGUUACAUACCUCCUGCAUAAAGACAAAGUAAUGGUAAGAGGUGACUACAUUGUUUUUCCAGGUUAAAUAAAUAGCAGUCUGUUGGUGAGAGACUGUAUAUGCGAGAAUGUAAACUGUGAACUAGUGGAAGGCGAGAAAUUACAAUGUGUGUACUCGGAUCGGAGGAAUAGUUCUGACUAAUAGUUCUGACUAAGCUACUAGCUUGAAUUUUGAAGCAACUUUGAUAAUAAGAUAUUAUUCAAACACAGGCAAAAUAUCGAUAGCACCCAUGUGUAUAUCUCCAGCCAAUGUUGUUGGCACCUGCGAUUAAAGUGCAACAUGCUGGAAUGAUUAAUGAUUAUUACGCAUUUACUAGUUUUUUUGUUUUUUUAUAGAACAUUUUAUAAAUUCAUAUAUAACUUAAACCUCUUUUAGCUAUACAGUUCAACCAUUUUAACUGGUAGAAUCUGAAAGAAAUGUCAAGGAAAUAUUUGGUCAUAAGUCAAUCGGAUAAAAACCAGAUAAUUUAUUCAAUUCCGAUAAUCUACCUUCCAAAAGACUGGAACGUAGAGUAGCGGAGUGGAGUAAAAGAUCUGGUUUAGACAGAAGCUAAACUCCGGAAAAAAUGGGCAGGUGCAGAUUGAGUUGUUAAGUUGUGCCUUGCUGUAACUAAGCAGUUGAAUAUUACUAUUUAGAGAGAAAGAAUCACAUAGAAUUCUGUUUUUUUUGCUAUCUAUUUGACAGUAAUUGUGAAUUUUGAACUCUGCUUAUUGUUUCAUUUAUCAUGGAAUAGUUUUUGUGCCAUGUUCACGAUUUUAACUUAACUUGUUAAAGGAACCUUAUCUUAUUCGGCAAAAUUUGGUUUGUCGUGAUUUUGGCAAGGGGUAUAUAUAUACAGAAAAAUAAUGUAAUUUUGCAAGGUAUAUAUGUUAUUUGAGAAAAAUUGUACACUUAUAAUAGUACUAUUUGUGGGUUUAUGUACAAAAAGUGGGAAAAGAUAAAGUUACUUUAUAUGUGUGCUUGACAUUAAGUGCUUACAUCUGAUACAUGUUUGCAUGAGAAUCUGUGAUAAUGAUGAUUUGUAGUUAAUAUUUAUGUCAACUUAUCAUACCUUUUAUGACAAUAAAAGUGGGACAACCUAA